AUGGGACGGCCAACUGCGAUAUUUUCAUUCCCAAUAAGAGAUAUUAAACAUCAACUUGCAUCAUUUGAUAUUGCAUUUAUCGACAAAAGUUUAUCAGGUGCUUGUGUAUUCACUGAUACAUGUGAAAAAGAUUUGAAAAUAUUAAAUCGAACAAAUGGAAUGUCUCCUAGUUUUACUGAACGAAAACAAUUUUAUGAAGUUUAUAAGAACGAUUCGGAAAUGAAUCAAGUUAAUACAUUUAUGUGUUUUCAUCCUGUAGGAAUGUGUGAAUUAUUUAUGCCAUUUAAUCGAACAUUGAUUAUUAUUGCUACAACUCGAUAUGAAUUAGGAAGACAUAAAAAAGAAGAAUGGGAAAACCUGAACAAUAAUCUUCGUAUUAUAGCUUCGAAUCCUCGGAACAUCAUAGCUGGAAAUAAUUUAUAUGAUGCAGAAUAUAUUCGAUAUUUUACUGGAAUUAAAGCAAUCGUUUUAACAUCAUUAUGUGCAUAUACAAAUGUGACAUAUUCGAGAAAAAAACAGAGACCUUUUCUUAUUGCUCCUAUACAUAACAAAAUAUUUCGCACUUUAUUCAAGUCAAAUCUAACAAACUCAUUAGAACGUUUAAGAGUAUCUAUAAAUGUAAAACAUCUACGAGAAGUAUACAACCGUUAUUCAUUUCGUCAUCUUAUUCAACAUCCUGCAAUAAUCUAUGUUCCAUAUCAAGUAUCAACUAUGAGCUUAUUUGAGCAAUAUCGAAUGAAUAUUCCAUUAUUCUUUCCAUCACUUGAUCUUUUAACUGAAUGGCAUUAUAAUUAUCGUGUUGUUGGAGAACGAACUUGGAGUGGAACAUCUGGACAAUUCAAAAAUUCUUCGACUGUAUCGGGUGUUUUAAGUUCUGAUAUUCCUGAUCCAAAUAAUGAAUUUGAUCGAAAUGCAAUACGUUAUUGGUUACAAUUUGCUGAUUU